CGCAGGCCUCCAGGGUCUGGCAGUCGCUAUAAAAUGAUGACGGGACAAGCGGGGGGGGGAAAGGGCAGGUGGUGAAGGAGGGAAAAACCGGCAUGGAAGGCUCCCUACCUGGGCGGUUAUAAACCUAUUCGUUUAAGAAAGGAGCUGAGCGGGCGAUGAUCUUCGCGCAAAGCACCCUUGCCAGAAUAAGACUAUGAGUUAAAAAAGCACACAGACGAUGCGAUGAGCCUUCGCUACGACCCCGACGACUGGCCGCUCCCCUCGCCCUCCCGCCGCGCCUCCAACCGCACCAGCAGCGUCUCCUCCUCCACCGUGGACUCGGAGACCAUCAGCCUGCUGUCGCUGUCCAACUUCCCCCCUCCGCCCGUCACGCCGGCGACGUCGCCGGGUAUCGCCCCGCGCAAGGCCUCGUGCCUGUCGUUGCUCGAUGAGACGGUGCGUCUCGAGCUCAAUCCGUCGGUGACGAUCUCCUUCGUUCGCAACAGCAAACUGUUCAAGUUGCGGUAUACCUUCAUCGACGUCGUCAAAGAUUCCACCGGCACGCUACGAUGUCUCGAGCUCGGAGGGGGGAUGGGGCAGUCCAGUGCCUUUCUACACAGCUUCCAAAAUACGAAGCUACCAGUCCCACACGUCGAACACCCAAAGCUCCCGAAUGAACCUUCUCUCCGCGUCUCCUUUCUGGACGAACAGACCGUCCAGUCAGGCACCACCGUCUUCACCACCCAACUCGCCUACACCUUUGAUACAUGGAUGGACUGUGUCCGAUUCCAAGAAGCGCUGCUCGCUUCCAAGCUCGUCUUCAUUGCCGGUAUCGCCGAGGCUCGCUCCAAGGGCCGCGGCGAGGAAUGCAUCAGCCAGAACAUCCGGGUGCUGUGCGGCCGCAACGACAAGCUUGUCCUCCUCUUCUUCGCCAACUCCCAGCGAAAAGAGCUCAAACGAUAUAUCUCUAUACCAAUCAACUGCAUUGAGAGCUUCCACCCCGGAAAACGGGCGGGUAAACCCGUUGUCUUGACGCUCCAACCCAACUUUGACCUCCUCACGCAUAUGAAGACUUUGCAGAUCGAGUUUCUCGAAGACAGCGAUCGACUCCGAUUCUGCGACUUUCUGAACCACCAACUACGCUAGUGGUCUUGCAUGGUACAUAGAGAGCAUGGCUGGCGUUUGUUUCUUUUCUUCUUUUUCCUUGGCAUGACAUACCCACCACUUUUUAUUUCGCUUAGCUAGAUUUGUAACGAGCACGUGGGAAGAGUGUACCUUUACCUUCUUACUCUACCUAUAUAAUAUAAACUAUAAUCAACCAUAGAC